AUGCUCGUGCACGAGGUGGAGAAGACGUACAAACUCAAGGUCCCCUUUUUCCAGGGUACGCUGGAGGAGGCAAAGCGGCACGCUCAGCAGGACUCCCGCUACCUUGUCUUGUACCUGCACAGCCCUCGACAUGAAAACACGGAGGCGUAUCUGCGCGAGGUGUUGGCCACGGACGAGAUCAUCGCCCUGCUGCACGAGAGCAGCGUUCUGUUUGGCGUGAGCGUGGCAGAUGUGGAGGGCACGCUGCUGGCGGAGGAGCUGGGCGCCCAUGCAUUUCCGUUCGUAGCAGCCCUGGUGGGCAAUACUGUAGUGCUGCGUCUGCAAGGUUACCACAGCCGCGAAACCUUCCGUCGCGAGUGGCGCUUGUGUACCGACGACUGGGAUGGGCAGCUAGCCGAGGGCGUCGUCCUCGCUGCCGAGCGCGAGGCCCGCGAGCGGGCACGCAUUGCGGAAGCCGAGGCUGACUCGGCAAUGGAAGCUGCAGAUCGAGUCAUUCUCGAGGAGCUGCUGCGCCAGGAUGAAGAGGAGCGUCGUGCGGCUGCGGAGCGGGAGGCUGCAGCGCGCCGGGCCGCCGAGGAGCGCGCUGCUGCCGAGCGACUCAAGGCAGAGGAUAAGGCGCGGCAGGCCGCGGAAGAAGCGCGACAGCGCAUACUCGAGGAGGAGCGGCAGCGGCAGCGCGAGUCAGCGAAGCAGGCAGCAAAAAGUCAGUUGCAUGACGAGCCCUCCACCGACGUGGCCACUAGCGAGACGGUGCAGAUUAGUGUGCGUUGUCCGUCUGGCAAGCACUAUGACCGCCGCUUCCUGCGUAGUGAUCUUGUGGACCAACUCACGUUUUUCGUGCUGACAUUGGAUGAGGUGGCGGACGCGACGGAUGCAUCGACGGUGCGCUUCGUUACGGGCUUCCCACCUGCACCGCUGGUGUGGCGCGAGGGGGAGACGCGCUUCGGCGACGUGAAGAGUCUCUGCCCGCGUGCGGUGGUGCUCCUGCGCCGGUCAUGA